AUGGCGCUGGCGGAACGGUACCUGCUCGACGCACUCGCCUACCUUGAGUGCGCCCUAGGCUUCCUGGCCGCCGUGCUGCUCAUGCUGGUGGGCUCGCCCUAUGGGCGCUACGUGUCGCAGAGCUCGGCCUGGCGGCUAGCUGCACCCACCGCCUGGGUGGUUCAGGAGCUGCCCUCGCUGGUCGUGCCCUUCUUCGUGUGCGUCCGCACGGCGGCCGAGCGCCUCCGCCACUGGCCCAACCGCGUCCUCCUGGGCAUGUUCUUCGUCCACUACCUACAACGGUCCUUGAUUUUCCCAUUUCUGAUCCGAGGAGGGAAGCCUACACCAUUGUACUCAUGUGUAAUUGCAUUCAUAUUCUGUACCUAUAAUGGCUACAUGCAAAGCAGAUACUUAAGCCAAUUUGCAGUGUAUACUGAUGACUGGAUCACUGACCCACGAUUCCUAACAGGUUUUGUCUUGUGGCUGGUAGGCAUGCUGAUAAACAUUCACUCAGAUCACAUCCUGAGGAAUCUCAGGCAACCAGGGGAGACUGGAUACAAAAUCCCAAGGGGAGGCUUAUUUGAAUACGUAAGUGCAGCCAACUACUUUGGAGAAUUGGUUGAGUGGUGUGGCUAUGGCCUGGCCACCUGGUCCGUUCAAGGAGGGGCUUUCGCUCUGUUCACCUUUUGUAUUUUAUUCACCAGAGCACAACAACAUCAUCAGUGGUACCUUGAGAAAUUUGAAGAUUAUCCAAAAUCCAGGAAAACUCUAAUUCCAUUUUUGAUUUAA